AUGGAUGACGAUGACUAUUGGAACACAAGUGAAACUAAAGCCAAGGCUUUGAGCUUCGAUGAUGACGUCUUGUCACCUCAAGAGAUCCUGGCAAUUGGUCAGAAGUCAUACUCGGGACAGAGUGAAGAGAGCAUAUUUAGUAACCUAAACAUCACAUCUGCCAAGUCAGCUGCAGUACCACUAAGCAGCCUUGUCUCAUCAAAGGUCUUAGAGCUGAUUCUCCUUGCACAAUCUGGAAAAUGUCCAUCAAAGGAAACAAAGCAGGUGUUACCAUCAGAAGAAACUGUAGCUAUGACUCUCAAGAGACUGACUCUGGGCCGCAGCUGUUCCCUUCAUAUACACAGAAGUUUGAAGAGCAAAACUGAACUGCUGGAUGGAGCACUAGCCAUAGGAGAUGGGAAUGCUGUACUUACUGUAGUACUAUUCCUUAUCCAGACUUUGAACAAGAAAUUGGUGUAUGAACUUCUAUCAUCAAGACCUGUAGCAUUGAACCACUACAUCUCGUUCUUGCAGAACGAAGGCAAGAUCACUGAGCUCACAGAUUUACUUACAAUGCUCGGUCGGAGUCCUGAAGGUGCCAUGUACCAAUAUCAACACACAGUAAAGACGCAAGGCAACAACAUAGAUGCGUUACUACGGAAACUGAUGAAUCUCAUGGCGAACCACUUUGACCAGCCAGGGGUAGACCAACACCAGGCCAAAAUGUUGGCGGACUAUAUCAAGUUAUUAGAAUGGCAGAAACACGUGAACAAACCGGAGUUGACCUACAAGUCAGUGUUACAGUGGUUGGCUUACAACUGCGCCAACCACUGGCAUGAAGGCGCCGGGAAUGCCAUGUCACCCUUGACGCUCUGUCAGAGGCAUCAGAUAAGUCCUUUGCAGUAUGACUGGGUAGUGCUCAACGUCCACGCUAAAUCGGGAAAAUGGGAUAUAGUUGAAUCUCUGUUUACUAAAAAAGACUGGUUGGGGCGUACCACGGUGUCAUCUCAUAUCCCGAUAGAAACUCUCCUGGCGCGGCUGAGCGAGUUGCAGGCCAGCAAGCAAAUAUUAGCCACGUACGUCAACAAGGUUGCAGGGAGCGAUGAUAGGUUGCGACUGGCGCAUAUGUACAAGAUCCACUCGGUGGUUAUAGAAACUUUGGCGAAACAGAAGGACCGAACAGCGCUCACUAACUACAAAAUGACUCUGAGUCCGCAGUCCGAGGAAUAUAUAUUAGCUGAAAAUACUCUACGAGACUCGACAAUAAAAUGGAAGAACUGA